AAGAGCUGGACUAUCUAUGUUUCUGGGGGUUUUGGGGCCAGGAGCUGUGGGAUUGUAAGCCUUCUGAAAGUAUGCCCCAACAUAGUACCCUUUAGUCGAAUUGCCUUAAAAAAAUAUCCCAAGGCAAUUUGUAUUUUUUAGUUUAGAUUCUAUUUCCGUUUGAGGCGACCUCUUAGAAAAUAUAAAAGUGCAAUACACGACGUAUCAUGGCCGAUUCGCCGGACGCGGACCGGAGGAGCAAGGAGAAUGUGCCCGCGGCAUCAGCCGCAGCCGCUAAGGAGGCCGACCCAGCCAAGGGGAAGGGUGGAAAAAAGGAGAAGGCGGGCGAUGGCAAGGAUAAGAAGCCAGAGAAGGCAGGCAGCCAGCGUGGAUCGUUGACCAAGUCCCAUAUUGGCAUGGCUGGGGCCAUGAGUGCGCCCGCCGCCAAGCCCACCAUGCGAUAUAUGCCCACCUACCGAUUGGAGUCGAAGAAUCCCCUCAACAAGGAGCGCGUGGAAAACAUUAUAAAGGCUGUGAUGAAUCGGCAUUACAACGAUGAGUACAUGUUCCAUCCCAAGCACUCCUUGCACAUGGCGGCCCAAGUUAGCGAGGAGAUCAAAAACCGGAUAAAAAUGAACAACUACGACAGAUACCGCUAUAUAGUCCUCGUGACCGUGGGUGAGUUCCUCAUGCAGGGACUGUACUCCAUGGUUAACUUCCUGUGGGAUGCCGAGAAGGACGGAUUUGUGACCUAUAGUGUGGAGAGACCGUCCUACUUUGCAGUGUGCACCACCUUUUACCUGUACUACGAUUGAACUCGAUGCCUAUUGGAGUUAUUAAAAUUUUGAUUAAUGUUAGCAUUUAGUGCACAUGGGUGAUGAA